GGUCAUGGUGCAGCUGGAGCCAUCUCCAGCAGUAUGUGGGCUCCUUGACAGACGGACGGAAGUUUGACUCAUCCCGUGACAGGGACAAGCCGUUCAGGUUCAAGGUCGGCAAGCAGGAAGUGAUCCGAGGCUGGGAGGAAGGUGUGGUGCAGAUGAGUGUGGGUCAGAGGGCCAAGCUGACCUGCUCCCCAGACUACGCUUACGGAAACAAAGGCCACCCGGGCAUCAUCCCCCCCAACGCCACGCUGGUCUUCGAUGUGGAGCUGCUGGGUCUGGAAUGAAGCUGCCAUGUUUGUUUCUGCCCUCUGACCUGCUGACCUGAGCAGAAGACUUGGAUGAUCUACGCUUCAUACCUUCAGUUUUCUU